AUGCAGAUGGAUAUAAUGCAGGACCUUAACAACCCUUCGGGUAUAUCGUUGGGGCACAAGAAGAUACAAGGACUGCCACAUGGUCAGCAGAAGCGACAGCAUUCAUGUUCCUAUGAGAUGCGAGGGUCAAAUUCCGCCAAAAGGCGUAUAGGGACCGGCGCAAAUGCGAGGAGAUCGGUGUCGAACUUAGAUUGUACCAGCAGUCGGCAGAUAACUUCGUCAGCCCCCACUGACCUCACAUCCUCAACAAAUGGAGUGGCUUGCGACGUGACUCCUCAGGUUUCAGUCGUGUCGCCGGAUCGGGGUAGCUCGCCUUUGUAUUUGCCCACAACGUCAUGUACGAAUCUUGCUCAGGCCAGCGCUGUCGAGGAUGACGGUAGUGUCAACCUAACCGAGUUUGGUACUGAGUCCAACAGCAAGCACGGUGGCGAUAAUUGUCGCUCUGGGCGCAUGUUCAAACUUCGUCCCCUUACAAAAACGCAGUCAUCGAGCGCCGAGGCCCCUUUGCCGCGUUACACCAAACAUUCGGGACCCCAAGACAGCAACGAUUCCGACGAUUUUCAGCAUUCAGAUGACAAUAAUAAAAGAAAUGAUAUUAACGACAACAAUUCUAACGAAGGCAAUAAUAACGGCCAACAUCAAACCUCCAAUAAUGAUAGUCACGAUCAAAAAAAUGAUGAUAACAGUAAUAACGGUGAGGAGAACAAUAAUCCUAAUGAAAAUCAGAAAGCGGUCUCACAGACCCCAAAUCAAACGAGUCAGGCACUCGUCCAGAAAUUACAAGACAUUUAUCGCAACAUAGUGAAACAAGAAGUUGAGCUUCAGGAACGAUGUUCGCACUUGACCUUCUCCCAAACGACGGAUCUGAAAAAUCUUUGGGUCAUUUAUAAAGUCAACGCCGAGCUUAUAAACAAUUACGUUGCAUUCAUUACUACGGCGCUGCUCCCGUCCCAGCCGGACGCCGAUCUAUUGAUAGGGCAAGAGAUUGUCAGUAUUUAUCGCAUUGAGCGAAGACUCUGGGUUCAUGGGACAAUUACUUUUCUUGACGUGCUCAAAAAUUUUUCUAACUUUAUGGACCCAGAGGUGUGCUGUCAGUUUAUUACCCACGUAUUUAUCUCGAUUUCCAAUAUGCUGAGCGACAUGCCGCAUAAAUUCACCACUCCGUGGUUAGAGCGGCUGGGCGACUUGUCACGAAUGGCCAUAGCGCUAUAUCCUUCAGGCUUUAUCGAUUGGAAGUUAAGUGCAGAGCACUGGUACAAACAAGCCUUGAACCACACAUGUGGACAUGGUAAGCUGUACUAUCAUAUGUCUACGGUUCAACAGAAUACUCUGGAGGCUUUUGUAAAUUUGGGAAAGAGUGUUUUUUGUCGUGAUACGUUUAUCCCCUCACAACAAUACAUGCAACUCGUGAUUGACAACAUUUACCAAAGAGCGUUUGCCGAAAGAAACAGUGGGAACCACAGAAAUUCUCUAAUGGUGGAAUACUUGAAGCACAGUGAGGUUAUGCUGCUGUCGAGCUUUCUGGAAAGCCCUGAGUUACAAAAGGUGGUGCUCACAUUUUUCCAGCACAAAUUUGGCCUCUCCUUGGGUACCAAUGACUUUUUCAGUCAUCAGGACAUAUUUCUGCAAGAAGGGGAGCGCGUCAAAUACUUUUUCAGACAUGCACCACUUUUUGCGGAAUCACACAUACUACAGUUGGUCGGUUUUGGAGAUCCUAAGAAUCCCUUCGCGCUUCUUUUUGAACUUCCCAAGUUUUUAAAAGAAAGGAAGGAACGCAAGGAACGGCGCAAAUCGAAAUCGAACUCGUCAGAAAAACUUUUGAACGCUUCUGCCGACGAUUUCUUGGAGAAUGUAGAUUCACCAAGGUUUCUUUAUGAGUUUCCGGAGGACAUUGCAAUUUGGAAACAAUCUUUGGCGAACAUCAAUGUUACGUCGAUGAAGUGCAGUGCCAUUUUGUUGAAAAACUUUCUGCAUGGUCCCUUGGUGGUAGGUGCACCUCAUCUGCUACCUUGGGCCUACUUUCUACUGGCGACCUCUAUAAGAAUUGAAAAGCUGCCAAAUGAGACCCUGAAGUCGUUUUGGAUAACAUUGAUGAGACAGUUAUUCCCUUGGAACAGCAUUAUAAAUUUCUUGAAUAUGUUGAUUGCUGUUGUCCUGGAUAAUGUUUACAAAACCUCGCCCAUUGACACGUUGUGUGAACAGUUUGAUAGUGUAGAUGUCUUCACACUUGUUAAUCAUUUCAGCAAAAAUGAGGAUUUGCCAGAAGUUUGGAAAUGUUGGGGAACUUUGUGGUUUGAUGUUAUCUCAAUGAAAUCACAAAUGAACUGUGAAAAUUCGGAAUACAAUGGCAUCAAGGAUAUUUCCUUUUUAGACUCCCCCAUCGAUGGAAUUAGCUUCGAUGAGGAGGACGAGAUAGGUUUAAAAUUUUGGAAGCGUGCUUGUCGACUCAUUUUUUUAUUCAAGGGCAUGGCCCAGAACUUUUCAUGGGGGUUAAAACUCUCUCAUAUUCCCGUUCAAUCUAAGCGUCCGUUAGCUGCGGGCCAUCCGCUACAAAACUUUUCCUUUAAAUUCGAGGAAGGUCCAAUUCUAAUUGAUGACCAAAUGUAUAUUCAUUCAACAAUUUCCAGAUUCGAAGAAAUUUCUGCAAGAAACCUUGACAUCAAUGCUCAACCGGGCUUAAGUAUGCUGGAAGGCAUUACGAUUUUCGAUCUCCCUGGGUAUAGACAAAUUCAUCCAGACUAUACAUGUUUCAACAAAAAUGGUGCUUUAAUUACCUGCUCACUGUUCACAUCAGGCAAUUUAGAAAAAGGUCCUAUACAAGGUGGUGAUGAUUUCAAUACUGAACGGUAUCCAAGAGCACAAUCCCUCCCUAAGCCGGAAGAAACACCAACGAGUGAGCUUGAUAGGUUGGAACGGGAAUGGCUCGAUACUUGCAUGAACCCGUACUUCAUAGAACAAUCCCAUGAAGCUAAGUUUCCUGCAGGAGAUCUUGCGUGUUACUGUGAUAGCGGGGUCUCUUACUUUGUCCUAGAUGCAACAUCUUGGUUACGUCAUUUUGCCCAUGUCUACAAGUUGGCGACAAAUGGUGUCCUCCGUUUUGCAAUCUGUUUAACGACUUUUCAAGAACUUAGAUUUCUGCGUAAAUCGAAAGACGAAACUGUUGUUGAAGCAGCGACUCGCGCCGUGAUAACAGCUAGACAGCUUUAUAGUGAGAAACGUCUGCUACCACUGAGGUUUACUGGUAACGUAGCUACUCACUUGGAAGAGCAUUUGGAAUUCGAAGAGCAGAUUACUUGGCGCUCUCAUGUCGACGAAUUUGUCAUAGAGGCUGUUUUCAAGGCGCAGAAAAAAUUCGAAACACUCAACAGCCAGGCGGAGGAGGCGGGACAAGACUAUAUUGUUUCAACCGAGCAAGACCCAUUCCGUUUUGUUGCACUUGUGAGCGACGAUACCAACAUGCGGCUGAAAGCACACACACAAAAUAUACGCACUGUCAGCAGUCGUUUCAUGCUAGCCGUUUGCAAUCAAAUUGGACUCACUCAUCAUGCCUGUACUAAUUGA